UCUCUCUUUCUCUCUCUAGAGCUCUCUCUCUCUCUCUAGAGCUGCAAGGUUGACUAGCUUCGGGAUUCCCUAUGAGAGUUUCAUGGUGGGGUUUCUGAGAUUAUAACAAGAAUCUUGAAGAAACAAGGCUUUACAACAAGUUUUUUUUUCAAAAGAGAUGAUGAUGAUGAUGAUGAUUUCAAGAUUUUGAUUCAGAUAUGAACAAAAAAGUCUGGAUUUUUGGAUAAUGAUCGUGGGAGUUUGAGUUCAAGAUUGCAGCCAUGGAUGAUAGCUUGUUUUCUCCUAAUAAUAUCUUCGGGAAUCCGUCCGAAUUGAUGAUGGAUUUUGAUUACGUGGAUGAACUCUUGUUUGAUGGAUGUUGGUUACAAGCAACAGACGGAUCCGAAUUCAUAAACAAUAAUAAUCCCCUUUUCGACCCUUCGUAUCAAUGGCCGACGUUGGAGUUCAACAAUGGUGAUCAGCUGCCUGAAGACGUUCAAGAAGAGAGGCAAAGAUCGUCGUUUCUCACGAAUCUUUCGGUUAGUCAAACUGAAGAAGGAAAUCCGUCGAAAUCCCAUAUCAGUAAUUCAAUCGGAUUCUAUAAUCAAUCUGAAAGCUCGGAUACCAGUCGAAGGUGGUGGAUUCCGCCAAUGGCCACCAUCGGCCGCCAUUCCUUAUCGGUGAAGGAAAGAUUGAUCCAUGCUAUCGAUAGUAUAAAGGAUUCUACGAUGCACAAAAACGUGCUUAUUCAAAUAUGGCUACCGGAAAAUCGAGAAGGAAAGAAAGUUUUGAGUACCAGUCAUCAGCUUUCUUCGCUCGAUUCCGGUUGCCCGCAGCUUUCUAAUUAUAGAAACAUAUCGGAAAACUAUCAUUUUGCGGCCGAGGGUGAUUCGAAGGAAGUCGGAUUACCCGGAAGGGUGUAUAUGGGAAAAGUUCCUGAAUGGACUCCGGAUGUUCGGUUUUUUAAAACCGAGGAGUAUCCGAGAGUUGAAUAUGCUCAGCAGUUAGACGUUCGUGGGAGCGUUGCGGUCCCGAUUUUCGAUCACGACCGUCAGAGUUGUCUCGGUGUUAUCGAGGUUGUCAUGACUACCCAAAAGAGUAAUUACGCUCCCGAGAUCGAACGCGUUUGUAAAGCUCUCGAGGCUGUCAAUCUCUGGAGUUCCGAACCGUUGAAAUCGCAGAAAUUCGAGGUGGGCGAUGGUUUGAAUCAAGCCGCCCUACCCGAGAUCCUCGAGAUCCUGAAAUCUGCUUGCGAAACUCAUAACUUGCCGUUAGCUCAGACGUGGGUCCCGUGCAUCCAACAAGGGAAAGGCGGCUGCCGCCAUUCGGCCGCCAACGUAAUCCACUGUAUCUCGACCGUGGACUCCGCUUGCUACGUAAACGAUCCCGCUUUCAAAGAUUUUCAAGAAGCGUGCUCCGAGCACCACUUGUUGAAAGGCCAAGGUGUCGUUGGCCAAGCUUUCACGACAAACCAACCGUGUUAUUUCCCGGAUAUAGCCUCGUACAGGAAAACCGAUUACCCAUUAUCGCACCACGCUCGGAUUUUCAAUUUGUGUGGGGUCGUUGCGAUACGGCUUCGAAGCACGUUUACGGAAAAUAUCGAUUACGUUUUGGAGUUUUUUCUGCCGGUCGAUUGUAAGGAGCCAGAAGAGCAAAAGGCAUUGCUUAAUUCGUUAUCAAUUAUCAUACAAAAUGUUUGCCGGAGUUUAAGGAUCGUUACGGAUAAGGAGUUGGUAGAAGAAGGUUCGGUUGUUUCCGGUAUAGAAGCGGUGAAAGUCGAAGAAAUCUCGCAGGAGACACCCGUGGAUUUGAUUGGAACGCAAGUUCGUGAGUCUGGUUCCGGCGAUGGUGUUUUUGGGAACGAUGGUGGUAAUAAGCGGCCGCCAGAGAGGAGGCGUGGCGGUGCCAAGACGGAGAAAACGAUCACUUUGGAAAUGCUUCGACAGUAUUUUGCCGGCAGUCUGAAAGACGCGGCGAAGAACCUCGGUGUUUGUCCAACAACUCUUAAACGGAUAUGUCGACAACACGGAAUCCAACGUUGGCCGUCUCGGAAGAUCAAGAAAGUUGGCCAUUCGUUACAAAAGAUCCAGCUCGUGAUGGAUUCGGUUCACGGGGCCUCGGGUUCAUUCCAGAUCGAGUCUUUCUAUUCAAACUUCCCGAAACUCGCUUCUUCGGACCCGAAAACGAGCUCGUUUUCGGCUUCUAAGUUCCACAACGUUGACUCGAAGCCCAUUGAGGGUCUCGUCAAAUCGUCACUCUCUCCUUCAUGCAGUCAGACUUCGAGUUCGGGCCAAUCAUGUUCUAGUGGGACCCACCCAUACCCGCAUCCGCGCACGCCCACCGCUGAAGAUUCUGGAAACUGCGGUCUGAAACGGGCCCGGAGCGAUGCCGAGCUUCAUGUGUCGUUAUACAGUGAAGAUCAAGAACAGAAGGUUCUUCAAAGAUCACAUAGCCAUAAGUCGCUCACGGAGCUCCCGAUAACUCCGAAACUCCCUCCAAAAGGCGAGCAUGUUCAGCGAGUUAAGGUCACUUACGGAGAAGAAAAGAUACGUUUUCGAUUGCAAAAAGAUUGGGGUUACGGUCAUUUACUGCAAGAAAUCGCCAAAAGAUUCUGUAUAAACGAUAUGAACGAGUAUCAUCUCAAGUAUUUCGACGAUGAUUCCGAAUGGGUUCUUUUAACUUGCGAUGCCGAUUUAGAGGAAUGUAUCGAUGUGUAUCGAUUGUGUCAGAAUGCAACGAUUAAGCUCGCUCUUUUCGAACCGCAGCUCGUGGCCGGCAGUUUGGGUAGCACCGUGGUCUUGUAAAGGGUGAUGACCAUGGUACACCACGGCUCCACAGUCCGGUUACGUGCCCUUGUGAUGGGUCGAUUCGGGAUCUUUGGGUAAAACCCGAUAAGGAUCCGGCUUAAAGAUUCGGGCUUUAUGGGUCUAGAGGUCGUCAGCGUGUGCAUUGAUGGGUUGUACUAUACCGUUUCAAUUGGGCUCAAAGAUUCGACCAUGUGUCGGGAUGCAUUAAUGAGUUGUACAAUACGAUCAAAUAAUGGGUCAAAAUCAAGAAAUCUUGGUCAAAGAUAUGUUUUGUGUAAUCAUAUAAAUGUACAAAUUAAAUUUGUAAUAGGGGUUUUCUUUUUAA